UGACAAAAUGAUCACUUACCGAAGCACCUAGCUCAUUAAAAUUUAAUUUCACGAUAUUUCAUAUUAAUAUUAGUUUAACAUAAUCCCAAUUCAUCAAUACAAUAUUCAUUUCUCAUAUAUUAACAUAUAUUACAAUUAUCAUAGGUCGAAUCAAUAUGAAAGACGUUUCCCAUAAAACUGUUCAAAACAUACUAACACAUCAUGUUUCGCAAUAAUAUCGGAUUAGCGUUAUAACUCACCUGAACGAGCAACGCGCCCAAACACAUCGAUCCAUAAAAACAUUAACCCAGCACUGAACCCUCUCCAACUAGCCACGUCAGAACUUCCGUUACCGUUACCUAUCAAAACUAUCAUUCACUUUUCAAAACUUUCAUUCCUACCGCAACCAACUCCAUCCAAGGAGCAUCCAACAACGAUCCCACCCGUGUAUCACGGUCGAUGUCAAAGCCCGAUGUUGAUCGAUUUUUUUCGCGGCUGGCGAUCAUCCAACAAGUUCGGUAGCUGUCGAGGACGACGCUCGCACCACCAGCUCGGACCACUAUAUUUAAAUAUAGUCGAAGAUCGUCGUAGAGGAUGGACGAACGGAGCUAGUCUUAUGUGUGAGCUGCUGAUAGCAGCCGCUCCUCUCGGUGGAGCAGCAGCAGCAGCAGCACCAGCAUCAGUGCCUUUUAGUACCACAUCUCUGACAGACAAAAGUAAUCCGAAGUCGAAGUCUCUCGCGAAGAGAAGUCGAAGUGACGCGGCCGUGCGGGCCCGGUCUCGUCCAUAAUUGAAACGUGUCCCGCGGACAAAAUCGUCUUAAGGUGAACGGUUCGUUCAGUCGGCCCGUGGACGCUGUUACGGGCUUCCUCUGUGCAUCGUUCGCUGACGGUCCGAGAUAUGUCGUCGAGUUGUUUCGCACCACCACCCAUUCGACCACCGAUCGACCUCAAAGACCAGUCUGAUACAGUCAAGGGCACCGACCUGAUCAGGGUGUCGAGGUUUUACAAGGACAGCAAGGAGGGAAAGUUCGCCAGCUACAUUCACGAAGACACCAGGACCCUCUACGAUGGCUUCCGCAGGGGUGCUAAGGAGUCCAACAAUGGGCCGUGUCUCGGCUGGCGAGAUGGACUCAACAAACCGUACCAAUGGCUUCAUUACAACGAGACUCUGCUCAGAGCGAAGAAUUUUGGCUCAGGACUGGUAUCGCUGGGUCUCUCGCCGGGUUCUCACACUCUCAUAGGUCUCUACAGUCAAAAUUGCCCCGAAUGGAUCCUCACCGAACAAGCCUGUUACACAUAUUCCCUCGUGGUCGUGCCCCUGUACGACACAUUGGGUCCCGACGCCUGCGCCUUCAUCAUCAAUCAGGCCGAGAUCAACCUGGUCGUCUGUGAGAAUGAUAAGAAGUGCAACUUGAUCCUCGACAAAGCGCCAAGAUGCCUAAGAAAGCUAGUGGUGAUAAGAGAGGUACGUCCAGCAACGAUCCAGAGGGCGAAGAACCGCGGCGUCGAGCUGGUAAGGUUCGAGGACGUGGAGCGUCUGGGCGCGCAGAAGAACCACCCCGAGCUGCCGCCGAACGUGAACGACCUGUGCACAAUAUGCUACACUUCCGGCACCACCGGGAACCCGAAGGGCGUGAUGCUGACCCACCAGAACGUGAUGGCCGGCGUUUGCGCGGUGCUGUUGCAGUUAGGCGAGCACAAGCCCUCGUACAAGGACACGAUGAUCAGCUUCUUACCUCUGGCACACAUGUUGGAACGGUGUUGCGAGAACGGCAUGUACAUGGUGGGCGGGUCCGUGGGCUUUUACAGCGGUGACAUCAAAACAUUAGCCGAGGAUAUGAAAGCCUUGAGGCCUACCGUGAUGCCAGCAGUACCGAGGCUCUUGAAUCGGAUGUACGACAAGGUUCAAACGGAACUUCAGAAUUCUUGUAUGAAGAAAAUGGUGUUCAGCAUGGGGAUGCGGGCGAAAGAAUCAGAGAUCAAAAAGGGUAUCAUCCGAAACAACAGUAUUUGGGACAAAAUAGCCUUUGGAAAGAUCAAAGAGUCGACAGGUGGAAGGUUAAGACUGAUGGUUGUGGGUUCUGCACCUCUUGCCGGAAAUGUGCUCACAUUCGCGAGGUGUGCCCUCGGUUGCUUGAUCGUUGAAGGAUACGGUCAAACAGAGUGUUGUGCGCCAAUUACUCUGACGAUUCAGGGUGACCAUGUACCGGAACACGUAGGACCACCGGUUGCUUGUUGCUGCAUUAAAUUGGUGGAUGUCCCGGAAAUGGAAUACUACGCAAGAAAGAGCCAAGGUGAAGUGUGUGUGAAAGGUACUAACGUAUUCAUGGGAUAUUUCAAGGAUCCUGUAAAAACCGCUGAAGCUAUCGAUGAAUUUGGAUGGCAUCAUACAGGGGACAUCGGCAUGUGGUUACCUAACGGAACGCUCAAGAUAAUCGAUAGAAAGAAGCACAUCUUCAAGUUAUCGCAAGGGGAAUACAUAGUUCCAGAGAAGAUUGAAAAUAUUUAUAUGCGCAGCCAGUAUGUACACCAAGUAUUCGUCCACGGGGAGUCCCUCAAAUCUUGCGUGGUAGGCAUAGUAGUGCCGGAAGUAGACGUUGUUAAAUGUUGGGCAGUGGAGAACAAUAUUGCGGGUACGUUAAGCGUAUUAUGCAACAAUCCGCAAAUCAAACAGUUAAUCCUGGAUGACAUGCUCGCGUGGGGAAAAGAAGCUGGCCUCAAAUCCUUUGAACAGGUCAAAGAUAUUUAUUUACAUCCGGAUCCGUUCUCCGUGCAAAAUGGCCUCCUCACACCAACAUUGAAAACAAAGCGACCCCAGUUGAAAGACUACUUCAAACCACAGAUAGAGGAUCUCUACCGACAUUUGGACUGA